AUGUACGUCGCCGAGAUCAUGGACGCCGCGGGCCUCCGCCCGGUGUGGCUCGGCUCGUACGCGACUCCCGAGGAGGCAGCGUACGCGUACGACGCCGCCGCGAGGAUCGUGCACGGGGACAAGGCCAAACCCAACUUCCCCGAGCCUCCGGUGACGGCGCAGGUGGCAGGGGGAGGCGGCGGCGGCGUGCCGGCCGCCCACGCCGGGGUGCUCCCGCCGCUGGCGGGGCACGCUCGCGUGCGUGCGCCGCUCAACGGCCAGCAGCCGGCGCCGCCUCAGGCGUUCUACGUCCAGCAGGCAGCAGCGGCCUCUACACAGCACCGCAAGCUGCCGGUGUCGCAGGCCAGCGUGUCUGAUCAGGCCGUCGUCGGGGAUAACUUCACCGACGAUGGUGCGUCCUCGUCGGCGCCUGCACGUGUCCUCCAGUGCCACGGCUCACCUGCUCCAAGUAGAUCUGCCUGGUCGCGGCGGCCCGGGUGUGGCGCAGUAAGGAGGCAGAAGCCGCGCGUCAGGUGCCGACGAGGGGCUGUUAUGAUCGACUGUGAUUAUCUCAUGCGGUUCCUUUGA